UCCUAAUCUCUGUAAACAAACAUGACCGCGAUACUCAUUUGAUUACUAAAAAUUUUUACUUGUUCCUAUGUUUUCAUUUAUUGUUUAAUUACCGUGGUAAUUAGUGGGUUUGUAAGAGCAUCCCUAAAAUCCCGCUUUUUGAUAGAGAAUUUCAUUUUCUGCAAAAUUUUUUUUUUGGAAAUUUCUUGCAAAGUAGCUAAUUAGCGAGACAAAUGAGAAAUUAGGGAGGACUUCUGGUUUUGAUGGCUUAGGGACUGGUGUGCUCAAUCUCAUCCAAUUUUGAACUUUCCUGCGCAGCUCCAGAGCCCCCAAGAUUCAGACAGGGGGGGUGAAAAGUUGUGAAAUAUGGCACUGGUGCUAAGCAGAGGGGGCGUCAAAUUGUCCUCAGGAUUUUUGAGUGGAUUAUGUAAGGCUUCGCAGAAGGGUCAUGAAGUCACCCAGGUUGCCUUCAUCUCAGGCAAGAAAUUACGGGAGAACAGACCCCCUCGUCCCCCUCCAUUCGACUACAAAAACAGGUUAUACAGGCCAUGGCAUGUGUGGACAGAUCCAAUGGAGAAGCGUUUCGACGAAAAUACACGGGUAAUCGUAGUCGAUGGCCUGCCAACAGUAGGCAAAGCCAAGUUUUGCAAACAGUUAGCUGAGGAACUGGAGAUGUACCACGUUCCUGCGAUGACAUUUGACCAUCUUUACGUCGAUGGCCAUGGCUUUGACUACAGGUCGUUGAAUCCGAAACUGCCCAUAGAUGCUCAGUAUGUCGAUCUGAAUAAUUUCCUAAAGGAUCCCAAGGGACGAAAUAGCAUUGUGGUGCAGCUUCACCAGUAUGGGCUCAGGUACCUCACAUACAUCGAUGCUCUAGCUCAUGUCCUGAAUACUGGCCAGGGCGUUGUGGUGGAAAGAUCACCCUGGUCUGAUCAUGUCUUUGCCAAGGCAAUGGCAACAUGUGGAUACAUCUCCAAGAGUUGUCUGGACUAUUACCAAAGCUGUAACUCCAUCAGCUUGCAUCGAAUUCUCAGACCGCACGUAUGCAUUUAUCUUGAUGUUCCAGUGGAUACUGUCAAGACUAGAAUUGAAAAAAGAUGCCGUCCUUUCGAAAAAGAUUCCCCAGCGAUGACAACUGGGUUUCUCAACGAGAUCGAGCGCGUUUACAAAGAGCUCGCCUUACCGGAUAUAUCAAAGCACGCGCAUCUUCUUGUUUAUGAUUGGGAAAAUGAGGGAAUCAUAGACGACGUGGUGGAUGAUAUCGAAGCACUCGACUGCGACCCAGAUGCGCUAAAGUUUUAUGGGGACAAACUGAUAGACUGGCGUUUCACCACCCCAGACGAAGUUCGUGGUGCCAGAACUACGUACACUAAUCAUAAAUAUCAGCUCAUCGCUGGUUGUUUUACAAAAAGAUGGGACGUUCCUGAGGUCUUGAGAAGUGGACAAUCUAGCGCCAAGUUGCAAGAAGUCCUGGAAGAACUCUACGAAGAUGACCCGGGCAAACAAUACGGUCGUGGAUUUGAUCCAACGAGGGACAAGGGUAUUCUAUGGAAGAUCAAGGAAACUGCAGACGAUUGGCUGCCCAAACGGAAACAAAUUUGAACUGAGUAAUGUUAUACAAAAUUUUCUCAACAAAGAAGAUUUCUCAGUCGAAAAAAAUAUUGUAGUGCUCUGCUGGGGGACUACGAGAACCCUCAGCUGUAUAUUCACUAUGUUGUACAGUCGAUUUCAUUAAAUAUAAUCUUAAAAAAUA